CCGAGGAGGGACUUUGUCCCCGCAGGCCGGCCGGCCGGAGUGCAGCGGGAGGCUCCUGGGGCGGCCUGGCCCGGCGUCACCGGACUCUCCUCUUUGGCUUGGCAGAGCUGGCCGGCGGAGCGCGGGCGAUGGCCUCCCUGCUCGGAGCCCAGGCGCCCCUGACCAGGGUGGCGAUCUUCGGGGGCACCCACGGCAACGAGCUGUCCGGGGUGCUUCUGGUGAAGCACUGGGAGGAGGACGGGGCCGAGGUGCAGAGGCCGGGGCUCCGCGUGACGCCCUUCAUCUCGAACCCCCGCGCCGUGCAGAGGGGCGUCCGCUACGUCGACUGUGACCUGAACCGCGUCUUCGACGCUGCUCGCCUGGGCCAGGAGCCCCCCGAGGACCGGCCUUACGAAGUCGGGCGGGCCCAGGAGAUCCGUCGCCUGUUUGGCGCCUACGACGUGAUCCUCGACCUCCACAACACCACCUCCAACAUGGGCUGCGCCCUCAUCCUCGAGAGCUCCCAGGACGACUUGCUGAUCCAGAUGUUUCGUUACAUCCAGAGCUCCUUGGCCCCGACGCCCUGCUUCGUGUACCUCAUCGAUCACCCGUCUCUGAAGUACGCCACGACGCGCUCCAUCGCAAAGCACCCCGUGGGCAUAGAGGUGGGCCCGCAGCCCCAGGGCGUUCUCCGAGCGGACAUUCUCCAGCAGAUGAGAAGCAUGGUCAAGCACGCCCUUGAUUUCAUCCAGUUUUUCAACGAGGGUAAAGAAUUCCCUGCCUGUUCCCUGGAGGUUUACCAAGUCACAGGGAAAGUCGACUAUCCUCGCAAGGCCAACGGGGAGAUUGCUGCCGUGAUCCAUCCCAGCCUGCAGGAUCAGGACUGGAAGCCGCUGAGGCCGGGAGAGCCCACGUUUCUCACGCUGGACGGCGCGACCAUCCCGUUUGACGGCGACGCCCCCGUCUACCCUGUGUUCGUGAACGAGGCGGCCUACUACGAGAAGGGGGAGGCCUUCGCCAAGACGCGCCGGGUGACGCUGACGGCCCGCCGCCUGAACGCCGCCCCCGCCGGCAGCGCCCCCUAGGAAGGCCCCGAGGCGCAGCCCUUCUUCCUGGUGCCCCCCAGGCCGGGCGGGGAGGGGGAGGAAGGCCUUCGGGCGCCCGCGGGGGCUGCUGGGAAGAGAAGGGAAACAAUAAAGUGUCGCCUCCUU